AUGCAGAAUUUGGCGCAUGUAUCUGCGGGUAGCCGUGAAGACCCUAACGUUGGUGGCGCUGCAACAGGGUACAACAUUGCUGAUCUCGCAGCAAGAAGCGAUGCUAGUGCCGAUGCUAGUGACGGCGACUCUGUGGAGGGUGUGGUGAACGUCACAGAUGUCACUGGUGAUGACGAUCGUCCAUUUAACUUGCCACAUUUCGAUGUAGUGCAGAGCCCUCCGGAUGAUCACCAUUACCUUGACACCACGGACCAGGGCAGCGCUGGCAGAAAGAGAUGGGUCAAGACGGUGCAAAAAGAGUGGAAAAUACUGGAGAAUAGCUUACCAGAUGGUAUCUACGUUUGGGCAUUCGAGGGACGCAUGGACCUGCUCCGGGUAGCGAUGGUGGGUGCGAGCGGUACACCGUACCAGGACGGGCUCUUCUUCUUCGACAUGCAGCUGCCGCCGUCCUACCCAGCCGUGCCGCCGCAGGUCUACUACCACUCGUUCGGCCUACACCUCAAUCCAAACCUCUAUCCCAGCGGUACGGUGUGCCUGAGCCUGUUCAACACCUUCGACGGCGAGGGCACGGAGGUCUGGUCGCCGGGAACGUCAAGCCUGCUCCAGGUCGUCGUCUCCCUUCAAGCACUUGUCCUCAACGACCAACCCUACUAUAAUGAGGCCAGCUUCGAGUCCCUGAUCAAUACACCGGAGGGCCAUCGCAACGUGUUCCCCUACUACGAGAACGUGUUCCUGCUCAGCUCGCGGACCAUGCUACACCUGGUGCGCCGACCGCCCCAGGGGUUCAAGGGGUUCGUGAAGGACCACUUCCGCCGUCGGGGGAGGUACGUGCUCAGGAUGUGUGAGGCAUACCUGAAAGGAUGCGUGCCUGUUGAAGAGGGGGGCAUGGAACUACCCUGCUGGCCGGCUUCAAGAUCGCGCUUGCCAAUGUGGUGCCGAGGCUCGUGGCUGCCUUCACAAUGA